GGCGCACCGUCAAGAUGGCGGCGAGCGUGCGGAAGCGCGCUCGGGCGGGACCCGCAGCUCGGGUGGCGGGAUUCUGCGGGCAAUGGCUGCGGCGCGCCUGGCAAGAGCGGCGCCUGCUGCUGCUGGAGCCGCGCUACACGCUGCUGGUGGCUGCCUGCCUCUGCCUGGCAGAGGUGGGCAUCACCUUCUGGGUCAUUCACAGGGUGGCAUAUACAGAGAUUGACUGGAAGGCCUACAUGGCUGAGGUAGAGGGUGUCAUCAACGGCACCUAUGACUAUACCCAACUGCAGGGUGACACUGGACCUCUUGUGUACCCAGCUGGUUUUGUAUACAUCUUUAUGGGGCUAUACUACGUCACUGGCCAUGGCACUGACAUUCGCAUGGCCCAACAUAUCUUUGCUGUGCUCUAUCUGGCCACCUUGCUGCUUGUCUUUUUGAUCUACCACCAGACCUGUAAGGUACCUCCCUUCGUCUUUUUCUUCAUGUGCUGUGCCUCUUACCGUGUCCACUCCAUCUUUGUGUUGCGGCUCUUCAAUGACCCAGUGGCCAUGGCACUGCUGUUCCUCAGUAUCAACCUUUUGCUGGCCCAGCGCUGGGGCUGGGGCUGCUGCUGUUUCAGCCUGGCAGUCUCUGUGAAGAUGAACGUGCUCCUCUUCGCCCCUGGAUUACUGUUCCUUCUCCUCACACAAUUUGGCCUCCGUGGGGCCCUCCCCAAGCUGGGCAUCUGUGCUGUCCUACAGGUGGUGCUGGGCCUGCCCUUCCUGCUGGAGAACCCUGUCGGUUACCUAUCCCGCUCCUUUGACCUUGGUCGCCAGUUUCUCUUCCGCUGGACAGUGAACUGGCGCUUCCUUCCUGAGACCCUCUUCCUGCAUCGUGCCUUCCACCUGGUACUGUUGGCCACCCACCUCACCCUGCUCUUGCUCUUUGUUCUCUGCAGGUGGCACAGGACAGGAGAAAGUAUCCUGUCGCUGCUGAAGGAUCCCUCCAAGAGGAAGGUUCCACCCCAACCUCUCACACCCAAUCAGAUUGUUUCUACCCUCUUCACCUCCAAUUUCAUUGGCAUCUGCUUCAGCCGUUCCCUCCACUACCAGUUCUACGUCUGGUAUUUCCACACACUGCCCUACCUCCUGUGGGCCACGCCUGCACGCUGGCUCACGCACUUGCUCAGGUUGCUGGUGCUGGGGCUCAUUGAGCUCUCCUGGAACACAUACCCAUCCACAUCCUGCAGCUCCGCCACCCUACAUGUGUGCCAUGCUGUCAUCCUGCUGCAGCUCUGGCUGGGCCCCCAGCCCUUCCCCAAGAGCAUCCAGCACAGCAAGAAAGCCCACUGAGAUCCACCUCUUCCCAUUCUCAGGACCCUGGACGUGGAUGGACUCUGUGCCCUUCCCAAUAAACCUUACCAAGUCCACUUCUGUGCAGCCUAUAUGGAAGUGCCUGGACCAGGUUUGAAGGGUAUGCAACACGGCAGAUAAAGAACUCAUUGAGGCAGUUGUAAGAGGCACUUUAUUGCAUGGGAUUUGGGG